UUUGAAAAUCUUGUACUUUUAGAUCUAAGACUUCUGUAUAUAGAGAAUUUAAAAAUCUGUAUUGCUGCCGGAGUGAAAUGGAGUGAAGUUAUGAUGAAUUCAACAAUAAAGCGGGCUAAAUGUAGAGAAAAGAACGCCUUGAUGUCAUUACCAUUUCUUGAUGUUCCCUGCAAUCGAAAAGAACGAAAGAAGAGAAUCGCGCAUCAUCUUCCAAGUAUAUGUUUUGGAAGUACACAAUACAGAAUAGCCACACUGCAAGAAAGUAAACUGAGCCAGUCAUAUAACACGAAGAAACAUGCGCGAAAAGUCCAGCAUUUACGCUUUGGAAAGCCGACUAUUGGUGAACUAACUCUAUCUGACAAACACAAGAAAUCGCACAAUAAAAGCCAACGUGUCAAGAACUCAGAAAGUUUAUUGUUGAUAUGUCAAAAGGUUGAACAUAUUAAAAACAUACAAAAGAAUGGUAAAUGGCACGUGGAAAAACCAAGUGCACCUUUUAGAUUUACUUUUCCUGCAUUUCCUGCCAGAGAGGAAUUUGUUUUUCGUAAUCGAUAUCGAAAUUUAAAAAAGCUUCACUCGGAAAAGGAAAUACCCUGGUAA